AUUUGACCCAUCUGGUUCAGACAGGAAUAAAGACACUUCAGAAUGAGAUGAACAUAAUUAAAUUGAAACAAAAAGAACAUGAACUAAAGGAUAAUGACCUCAAAACACAAUUUCAGGAACUACAAACCUAUAGGAGCACUGUAUUGGAAGAAAGAGAAGGACUAAAACUUUUGAGGAAGGAUCUCAACAAGAAGAAAGAAGAGGUUGAAGCUGUUAUCAACAGCAUAAGUCUAGAAAAAGAACAAAUCAGUCAGCUGAAGACUAGUCUUGAUAUGGACAGGCAAAAACUUGAGAGUGAGAAAGAUAAAGUGAAAGAUGAACAGUCAGAGUUGAAAGUCAAAGAAGAUCAAUUCAUGAGUAAAAUACUAUUCAUACAAACCUUGAGAGGUAAACUCCAAGAACUGAACAAAAAUACACAUAGAGACAUCAAAAACAAAAUAGAGCAAAUAGACCAAAACAAUAAAGACAUGCAAAGAUUGUGCAUUGCAUUGCAGAAAAAACUUGCAAACUUUGAUAAAGAGACAACCCAGAUGUCGGUUUACACUGAGCUGAUGCAAACAGAAAAAAAUGCUCUCAUCGGUAUACUCUCAGAGAUGGUAAUGAAACGAGAAGUCAUGGAAAAUCAAUGGAAGCAGAAGGUUGAAAUGGAAAAACAAAAUUCUAAUAACCAGAGGGAAGAGCUGAAGCAAGACAGGGAGGACCUGGAUAGACUUAAUGAGAUGAUGAAUAAAGAGAGGCAGGAAUUGGAGCUGAUGAGGUCUAAUAUUCUGAAACAAAUGGACUUGUUAGAGCAAGAGAAGCAAGACAUAAAAGAGGGAAAAGAAAAGUUGGAAAUUAUAAAGACUGAGCUACAAGAGAAGAAAGAACAUAAGCAAGACAUAAAAGAGGGAAAAGAAAAGUUGGAAAUUAUAAAGAUUGAGCUACAAGAGAAGAAAGAACAUGCAGAGAGUCUGUUUGAUGAGAUAAACAGAAAUAAAACCAACAUUAAAGAGCUGACCCUAAAGGCCCAGAGAGAGCGAGACAAACUUGAACAAGUCGUUAACAAGAUUACUUUAAAACUAGAUGAACAAGAAGUCCAGAUUGACGCCACCAGAGGACUAAAACAAGAACUGGGAAGCAUUGAGAAGAGGGUGCUGGCAGAAAGAAAAGAAAUGGAACUCUUGAGGAAGAAUCUCAACAAGAUGAAAGCAGAACUUGAAGCUAUGAUGAUCAGCAUCAGUAGCGAGAGAGAAUGUCUCAGUCAAAUGAGGAUUUACAUGGACAGAAAGAAAGCCAUGUUUUUGAAUGAAAAGGACAAACUGGAAAAAGAAAGGUCUCAACUGAUGAUGAUGAGAGAACAUCCAGUCAUGACUAAAAUGAAAGUCCUAGAAAGUCUGAGGGUGAAACUUCAACAGCUGAAAGAAAGAAUGAGUGAUGACAUCAAACACAAAAUGGAACGUUUACAAAAACAACGAAGAUAUGCUAACGGUGUGGUCUGCAUUGGAAGAAAAGUGUGCAGAGCUUGAUGGACAGAAAGAAAACAUGAAUUGUUACACCGAGCUGUUAGAGAGAGAAAAGGAAGGUCUGAUAAGUAUACUGUCAGACAUGGUCAUCCAGAAAGAGCAUGUUGAACAUCUAUGGAGGCAAAAGUUUAUGAAUGAAAAACUACAUCUUGACAAACUGAGGGCAGAGCUGAAGGAGGAGAGAGAAGAAUUAGACAGAGUGAAUGAGAUGAUGAACAAAGAUAAAAUGGACUUGGAGAUGAUGAGGUCUGACAUCCUGAAACAAAGUGACCUAUUAGACCAAGAGAAACGACAUAUAAAGGAGGAAAAAGACAAUUUGGAAAUCAUAAAGACUGAACUUCAAAAGAAAAAAGAACAUGCAGACAUUCUGAUUGAUGAGAUGAACAGAGAGAAAACCAACAUUAGAGAUUUGACCCAUCUGGUUCAGACAGGAAUAAAGACACUUCAGAAUGAGAUGAACAUAAUUAAAUUGAAACAAAAAAGAACAUGAAC